CAGUGCUGCAGGUACCUUGUUGGCAGCUGUGCUGGAGGAGACAGGCCCUCACUCCUUGCAGCUGACUUGUGUCGCUGGUAGCGAUGAUUUUGCUGCGCCUGCUCAUCCUGCUGGCCCUGUGUGGGGCCGCAGAUGGCACAUCGAACACGUGCGGACAGGUCUGCGGGCUCCGGCCUGUGCCCUACAGCACCAUGCGCAUCGUGGGUGGCGUAAAUGUCCCACCAGGAACCGGGGCCUGGGCUGGGAUAGUCAGCAUCCAGAGUGCUCGGACAGAAAAAUACACUAUUCAUAACUGUGGAGGGACCAUCAUCAGACCACAGUGGGUCCUCUCAGCUGCCCACUGCUUCAUCAACCGCACAAAUCCCCUCAGUGAGUGGGCCGUGGUGGCCGGGAUCACUGGUACUGCUGAGUGGGGGCCUCAUGUACAAAUACGCCGGAUCAAGCAGGUGAAGAUGCACGAGCUCUAUGAUGGCCGCCUGCUUAAUGACAUCGCCCUGGUGGAACUGGAGCAGCCCUUUGAGUGCACCCCCUCCAUUCAGCUCGCUUGUCUACCUGGUCCCACGGUGACACUGUCGCCUCUGAAUUGCUACAUUGCCGGCUUUGGUCGCACUGAGGGAAGAACUGUAGCUUCAAAAGGAAGCGUCCUGAAGGAGGCCAAGGUGCUCCUCAUCGACUCCCAAUUCUGCAACAGCAGCGACUGGUAUGGAGGGCUCCUCCACCCCGAAAACAUCUGUGCUGGGUAUGAAAAGGGUGGCACGAGCACCUGCAAGAUCAUAUCACACAUGGAGGGUGGCACGGGUAUCCAGCCAGGGUCCUCAUGUGGGAUUGUCAGCGUCUGGGAUCUCUGGGAUCCAGGCACAGGGCAUAUCUGCCCUAUAUAUAUGUCCACUGUCAGUCCACACUGGGUCCUCACAGCUGCCCACUGCUUCAUCAAUGCCAUGUAA